AUGGGAUCAUUGAAAUCUUUUGGUCAUCAACUUGCUGAUUCAGUUCGACGUCUGCUGCGUUCGCCUCGUCAAACGCCCAGCCGAAUGUUUUUUAAACGCCGUGAUGGUGGAAUGGAUACAUAUUCAGAUUUAAGCACACCUAAUUCAACUCGUAGUGUUUCGUUCAUUGAAGCGAUUUCCUGGCCUUUUAUUGACGAUGAAAUCAUUGAAUGA